AUCUCCCAUCGAUAGAUCACAGUGCACACCAAAAAUCAGUAAUGGGCGACUUCUCUGAAGAUCCGUUCCAAAUGGACGAUGACUUCUCGGCCUCGUUGCACAUUGCUUCAAGCUAUUCCGACCCCAUAGACAACUUUACCGCCGCCACCGACCAGGCACAGAUACGAUCACGUCUUGCGGUGCUCGACUUGGAACAGUUCCCAGAAGAUGCCGACGAUGCGUUUGACGAAGGGGAACACAAAAAGGCCACGGAGAUGGCGCAGGCGUCACUCGUGAACCAGCCUAACCAUCCGCUCACGCCGCCGGAGAAUUUUGCCCCGGUUGUGAACAACAUUUACCGGUCGUCGUUUCCACAGACCACCAAUUUCCUGUUUCUUGAACGGCUCAAAUUGAAGUCCAUCUUGUGUUUGAUCCCUGAAGAUUAUCCAGACACUCAUCAUCAGUUCUUGAAAAACCAGGACAUUAAGCUUUUUCAACUCGGACUUUCUGGAAAUAAAGAACCAUUUGUGGUGAUAUCACACGAGUUGAUUACCGAAGCCCUCAAAAUUGUGUUGGAUCCCGCCAACCAGCCCAUUCUCAUACACUGCAACAGAGGCAAACACAGAACCGGGUGCGUGGUGGGGAUUUUACGGCGGCUCCAGCAGUGGUCGUUAACGAUUAUAUUUGAUGAGUACAGACGGUUUGCGGCUCCUAAAGAAAGGCCCAUGGACCAGCAAUUUAUUGAACUAUACAACCAGACGGAGAUCGUGCUGUUUUGCCAGGAACGCAACUAUCUCCCACUUUCCUGGGACUAGGUACUAGGCGAUGAGUUUACGAGAAGGCCAAAAGUACUGUCUUCCGUAUAACCCAACGUUUCCCAAUGCCAAUACACUCAAUCCCAACGGUACGACUCUCCCACGGAUGGCACUUUUGAUGCUGGCCCCACCGUUGACAAGAAGGUACAAGGUGGACCACGCGAAGGUGAAGCCGGCGCCGUUUUCCAACUCGUUGUCAUAAAUCAUAUAACUGCCAAGGAGAUUGGUGAAGCCAAACAAAAAGCACGAAACUCGGGUGGGUUUGGCGAGGGCCAAAGUCAGAGCCAAUCUGGCGGACGCCCCGGAGCUUCCACUGGCAAUCUUGUCAAUUGGACGUGUAGCGGUGAGGCCACGAGAAAGAAGGAGGGUGGAGAAUAUGAAAGGAGGCACUGGAGAUGUGGAAGCGGUGUCGAUAAGCUCAGCAGACAUUUGAGUGAUGUGAAAUUUUCGAUUGCGCGGCUGCAAAACAUUUUGAUUAAUAAAAUUCUCAAAAAUUAUAGAGUACAUUUGCUAAAAGGUAAAUUCAUUACAAUACUAAUAUACACCGAAUUAAAGUACUAAUCAUCAUACUUAAGCUCUUUCACCUCUCAAUCUUCUGGCCAAUUGGAUGUCCUUCUUUUGAAUGGUGACUCUCUUAGCGUGAAUGGCACACAAGUUGGUGUCUUCAAACAAGGAAACCAAGUAAGCUUCAACAGAUUCCUGCAAAGCACCAAUGGCAGAAGACUGGAAUCUCAAGUCGGACUUGAAAUCCUGAGCAAUUUCUCUCACCAAUCUUUGGAAUGGCAACUUUCUGAUCAAAAGUUCAGUAGACUUCUGGAAUCUUCUGAUUUCUCUCAAAGCAACGGUACCUGGCUUAUAUCUGUGAGGCUUCUUGACACCUCCGGUAGAUGGAGCGGAUUUUCUGGCAGCCUUAGAAGCUAAUUGCUUUCUUGGGGCCUUACCACCAGUAGACUUUCUUGCGGUUUGCUUAGUUCUAGCCAUAUUGAUUAAAUAAAGAUGAU